GAGGUGGGGGCGGGCCUGGUUUUGGAGGUCCAGGAGGAGGAGGAGGGGGCGGACCUGGCUUUGGAGGUCCUGGUUUUGGGGGUGGUCCUGGUUUUGGACCUCCAGGGUUCGGACCAGGGCCGGGCUUCGGCCCUCCUAUUCUUGGAAACUACUGGGGAGGUGGUCUGUUUGGUUGUUUCGAACAACUGCUACAGAUCUUGUGUUGCUGCUGGCUAUUUCAAGCAUGUUGUGGAGGGUGCUGCCCACAGUUUUAUGGGCCGCCUGGACCGCCCGGACGACCUUUUUAGUUUACACGAAUGUUAGUCAUAGACCUUAUCAAAAGUGGCUACUUACUUUUCAUUUGCUUCUAUAACCUUUUCUUUUUUUUACUUGUUUGCAAGUCAUUUGAAGAUUUCUAUGUCAGUCAUUAUUAGUGAGUGGUCGUAUUUUCUAUGUUCUUAACGUGUUUGAGUUACAUCAUACUUCAUAUGAAAUUAAACUCUUUUAAUAAGACUGAAUUGCCAAUUAAACUGUAUGUUUGGGAAGACCACUAAAAAUGAAAUGUUACUUUUUGAAAGA